CCAAAAUUUUAUCGAAAAAUUUUCUUCUUUCAUCAUCCUUGUUUUAAUUAUCAAAUUUAUUUUCUUCAGUAAAUUCUACUUGUAAUUUGAACAAAAAUCAAUCAACGAAUGUCGAGAAAAAUGUCCGAAGCUCAACGAAAGAUUGAUUUGGCCACACGUGCCCUGGUAUUGACUAAUGAUCAAAUAUCAAAAAUAUCAAAUUUACUUUUAAAUGAAAUAAAUGAAGGUUUACGUCGUGAAACGAAUCCAAUUGCAAGUGUAAAAUGUUAUCCAACAUUUGUUCGUGAUGUACCGGAUGGUACGGAAAAAGGAAAAUUUAUGGCCCUCGAUCUUGGUGGUACAAAUUUUCGUGUAUUAGUUAUCGAUAUUGAUGGUGAAAAAUUUGCUAUGGAUAAUGAAAUUUAUGCAAUACCUGUAGAAAUUAUGACCGGUACUGGUAUACAAUUAUUUGAUCAUAUUGCUGCUUGUAUGGCAUCGUUUAUGGAAAAAAGAAAUAUUAAAAAUUUAAAAUUACCACUUGGAUUUACAUUCAGUUUUCCUUGUCGUCAAGAAGGACUAACUAAAGCACGUUUAGUAUCAUGGACAAAAGGUUUUUGUUGUUCCGGUGUUGAAGGUGAAGAUGUUGUUUCUAUGCUUAGAGAAGCAGUAAAACGUCGUGGUGAUAUUGAUAUUGAUGUUAUGGCUGUAGUGAAUGAUACUACCGGUACAUUAAUGUCUUGUGCACAUAAAAAUCGUGAAUGUCGUGUUGGUGUUAUUAUUGGUACCGGUUUUAAUGCCUGUUAUAUGGAACAUAAAAGAAAUGUUGAAUUAUUUGAUGAAGAUCUGCCUGGUCCAGAUCAAGUUAUUGUUAAUACUGAAUGGGGUGCAUUUGGUGAUAAUGGUGUUCUGGAUUUUUUCCGUACCGAUUGGGAUGAUGAAGUAAAUACUUAUUCAUUGAACAAAGGAAGACAAUUAUUUGAAAAAAUGAUAUCCGGAAUGUAUAUGGGUGAAUUAGUACGUAGUAUUGCUGCUGAUCUUUGUCGUCGUGGUUUAUUGUUCGGUGGUAAAGGAUCAUUGGAAUUAUUUACACCACAUCGUUUCAAAUCAGCAUAUGUUUCGGCUAUUGAAGGUGAUCCAGAUGGUGAUUAUACUAAUGUUAUAAAAGCAUUAGAUGAAAUGAAUCUAUCACAUGCAACCAAUGAAGAUUAUGAAGGUAUUCGUAUGAUUUGUCAUCGUAUUUCAUUACGUGCAGCACAUUUAGCAUCGGCUGCAAUUGCAACAUUAUUGAAUCGUUUAAAUCGUCCACAUACAACUGUUGGUAUUGAUGGUUCAGUUUUUAAAUAUCAUCCAAAUUUUGAAAAAGUUAUGAAUGAAAAAAUUUUAGAAUUAGUUAAUCCGGGUGUUGAAUUUGAGCUAAUGUUAUCCGAAGAUGGUAGUGGACGUGGUGCUGCAUUAGUUGCUGCUGUUGCUGUUCGACAACAAGAAGAAUUACGUAAACGUGGCCGUUAUCGUAAAAUAACACCAAUUCCUGAUUCAAUAAAACCAUUGGUCAAUGGUCAAACUACAAUCAACAACAACAACAAUAAUAAUAAUCAAAAUACUGCAAGUGUGAAUUAGA